UAAUGCACUGUCGUGCAUUUAGCAGCAGCAGCAGCGGUACAGUGCUUGCGUACUUGAAUUAUCUGAAUUUCAUACACACGGCGCUGCAGUUAGGUUCACUUCAGUGUACUGCGCUCCUACACGCCGUAUCCACCGGUAGUUAUUCUCGGCGUGUCCGGACACUCUCCGCCUCUCUCCCCGUGACAGCGCAUAGUGCGCCCGUGUUCCGCAGGGCCGAUCAGCGACGCCAUCUUUAAACCCCGACUAGCGCCGCCGUUCAGUGCCGGAUCGGUGCUGUACACGCUUCCCGUGGCCGCCUUUUACAUUUUAAAAGGAGCACCGUGCGGUGUACAAACAAAUAUAUACACAGCCUAUUUUUAUUCUGAAGGAAAAAUACAACGCGGGCAAGUGGCGCGGUUAUUAUAUCAAGCAGGAGCAACAAUAACAAAAGGCGGCCGAUCAGGCGUUAUUGGUACGUUAACAGGAUCGCCAUCUGGCUAACCACGCUAGGGGGUGGCGGACAGCCGUUGGUUUCGAAAGGCGUCCUUCUCCUCUCUUCGCCGUCGCAGGCGCGGCUCGGAUCGGGUCAGACCCGACUGCGUGGCCGUGGUGUCCAGGUCCCGGUUUCUCCCCCUCCCCCCUGGCGACCCGGCCGGAGAUGAGCGGAAGAUGUCGGUGUCGGGGCUGAAGGCCGAGCUGAAGUUUCUGGAGUCGAUCUUCGACCCGAACCACGAACGAUUUCGCAUAAUCGACUGGAAGCCAGAUGAGCUCAGCUGUCAGUUUAACGUGACUGGGGAAAAGCUCCUGAUCAUCCACUGCAACAUCACGGAAUCCUACCCUUCAACACCCCCAAUAUGGUUUGUGGACUCUGAUGACCCCAGCUUGGCCCAGGUUCUGGAACGUCUGGACGAUGUGCGGAAGGGCAACACAUUGCUACUGCAGCAGCUGAAACGUCUCAUCUGCGAUCUGUGCCGGCUGUACAACCUGCCCCAGCACCCCGAUGUGGAGAUGCUGGACCAACCCUUACCUGCGGGGCCGCCUGUAACUACAGAUGAAGUUACAUCAGAGGAGGAGGAUGAAGAUGAAAUGGUAGAGCAGGAUAUUGAAGACCUGGACCACUACGAGAUGAAAGAGGAGGAACCUGUAGAGGGGAAGAAGUCUGAGGAUGAUGGGAUUGAGAAGGAGAACUUGGCGAUCUUGGAGAAAAUCCGCAAGAACCAGCGACAGGACCACUUGAAAGUAAGUGCCCAUUCGGGGGCAGUCUCUGGGUCAGUGCAGGCCUCUGACCGCCUCAUGAAGGAACUCAGGGAAAUCUAUAGGUCACAGAGUUACAAGACAGGCAUCUAUUCAGUGGAGCUUGUCAACGACAGCCUUUAUGAGUGGCAUGUGAAACUGCGGACGGUCGACCCAGAUAGUCCAUUACAUAGUGACUUGCAGGUUUUAAAGGAAAAAGAAGGCGUGGAUUACAUUCUGCUGAAUUUCUCAUAUAAAGAUAAUUUCCCCUUUGAUCCCCCUUUUGUAAGGGUGGUAUCUCCUGUUCUGUCUGGAGGUUAUGUUCUUGGCGGAGGUGCCUUGUGUAUGGAGCUUCUCACAAAGCAGGGCUGGAGUAGUGCCUAUUCUAUAGAAUCUGUGAUUAUGCAGAUCAACGCCACCUUAGUCAAAGGAAAAGCCAGAGUGCAGUUUGGCGCCAAUAAGAACCAGUAUAAUCUUGCUAGAGCACAGCAGUCAUACAAGUCCCUAGUACAGAUUCACGAAAAGAACGGCUGGUACACACCCCCUAAAGAAGAUGGAUAGGAGAAGACCCACUAUCUGUGCACUGGGACCAACUGUCUUGGGGUCGCUUUUUUUUAAUGUUUUAAUUUUUGGAUUAUAUAUUUCCACCUCCCCCCGCCCCCAGUCUGGAAUUAUUUUUAUCAGGAGUGUGACCCUCACAUGGGUGUGACCCAUUCAGUGAAAUACGUAGACCAACGGGUAAAAAAACAUCGCUGACCUCUCUGAAGGCACAUCUUCCCGCCGCCCUGUGUUCCUUUCACGUCGCCGUGGCACUACGACUCCUCCAGCCAUUCUUUCUCACACAGAUCAACAGAAACUUAAGGAGGAAGAGUGCUGGGGUUGAAAGGAUUGUCAAGGGUCAAGUGUCACUGAAAACGGUCCCUUGGGAUGGGUGGGGGGGAGGGUGGGGUCGCGUCCUUACUUUUUCUUGCCAGAUUGCAUGCAGCACAGUGCCGUUUUCUGUGUUGAAACGGAGGGAACAGUUUGUGGCAAUCUAGGGCAACUCCAGUGAUAUGAGCAGCAGGUCACAUAUCGAGGCAUCCUUUGACCUCUUGGUUCAGCCAUCAUGUCCAUUCUCUGGUGGCCCAGCCUUUCUGGACAGCUCUGGGGAGUGUCUGCCUAGUGAUAGUCAGCCAUGACUUUUUGAGCAUGAUGUGCAGCCUCUCUCCAGUACUGAGACAGCCAUUGGCCAUAGCUGGCAUCUCAGUGCAAAUCUCGGUGGCAGCGGGAUCCUGGCCAUAUACUCUUCAUUUAACAAAUGUGUGCCACUGUUUCUGUCCCAUCUCUCGUUCCUUUUUUCAUAUGCCAAGAACUAUGAAGAAACAAUGUACUGCAGAAGCUUACGGCUGGAUCGUGAGGCGAGCAGAGAUGUAUCGCUAAAGGACGGAUGUCCAGUACGCAGCAAGAACAUCCCCCAGCCUCUGCCAGCAGGCCGGAUGCCACAUAGUUAACCCCAAUCUGAAAAUGGUGACGGUGUUGACUGAGGAUAGGGCUUGGCCUUUUUAAUUUGACUGUAUAUGUGUUUGAAACCUAUGUCUGCUUAUGUACACUCUGGAAUAGGAGGUGUGGCGAACUGUUAUUUUACAUGUAGAGUAAUGUGGGGGGGGCGGGGGGAAACAGUGAACACCUGUACUGGAGUAGUAAGGAAAAACUUACUCCUUACUCAUUUUUGUUAAGGAUUGCAUUUAGUUGCUGAACUGUGUUAUUAGAGUGGCUUUGCUUCUAUAUCAGUAAAAUACAAGAGUAAUAACUUUCAUGUUCUAUCAACUUGAAUCGAUCGAGUGCUGUUGCAAUCUUUAAAAAGAGUAAACAAAAUUUGCCAUAAUCUGGGCUGUUACAUCCCAAUAUGGCAUGAAACUUACCAUGGGUGUAUCUAUGCAGAGACAGGUCAUCUAUACAGGUUUGCCAGUGAGCAGCUUUUAUGCACGUAAUGUUGAACAGAACCUGCCACAACAUAGACCCAGUUUAUCCAGCUGCAAGUCCCAACUGCACACUACCACAUGGAUCAUCCUCCUCCACCUGGUUGGCUUCUUUCACCACUGUCUCCACAUGUCUGGAAGGUUCUGGAAACGGCCUCCGUGACUUGCAUAGUGUUUGUGCAACCCCCUGCAUGAGAUUAAGAUCCAGAUUCGGGUAAAAUUCCUUCUCGCAGUGAGGGCAGAAGGUUUCCUCAUGCCUUAUAACGGACAAAGGAAACUCCGACCUCUGACACUCCAUGUGAUCUCACUAACGUUCUCGGCUUCCUGCUGACUGCAGAAGAAGCUGAAUUUCUCGCUCAACUUUGAAGACGUGAGGUGCUGCUGAAGAGUUUUAAGUUGGCGUGGAUGUGCGCAUUUUGAUAUGGUGGUGACUGUCAUUGUGCGUCAAUUUAACCAAUGUUCUCUGUGAGUGUGUGUGUGUGAGAGAGAAAGAGACAGACAACUUACGCCUGUGUUAUUUUGAUUUUAUGUUGGCCCAGAUAUUAACAUUUUUACAGCACUAGAACAGUACAUCUUUCGUGUUUCUUUUGUGUGUGUGUGUGUGUGUGUGUGUAUGCUGCCAUAUUGUCAGUCUAACUUCUAAACCAAAUCCAGACACUUUGGUAGCGCUGGUUGCAGUGGGGAGUUCCAUUGUAAAAGCCACCACCGUCUUCAUCUCCAAAACAGUCGUUUGUGUGACUGCUUCAACUUUUGUCUGUUUCUAAAGCGAACUGCGUUGAAGCUUUCCUUUACCCACUUAUACUGACAGGAGAGCUUCUCCAUGAUGGUUGAAGUUCUGUGUUCUUUAUUUGUUUUAAUUGCUUUUACCUUUUCAUUUAAAGUAAGGCCACAGCACCAGGUGACAGUACAGCCAAUGCUUGCCAUGUCAAUAAAAACCGUGAGCUCUGUUACCAGACCUGUGUUUGGAAACACCUAAUGCUCUGGACACGUGGUUCUGACCUGUCUGUACUCAGGAAUACAAACUAGACUUUACGAGGGAAGGCUGCAGAGAUGUUUUCAUGUCAGUUUACACUAUGCUGUUAUGCAGCCGUACAGGUGUGAGCGCUGAUAAGUCAGGCAACGUUUGAGUUUGACCGUUUCGAAGAUAGUUUGUAUUAAAGUUUAUGACACAGUUGCAAUCAGGUGUAGUGAUGGUUCUGUAGGACAAGAAGCUUGACUGUGUUUCAUUCACAGAAAGCUGGUGGCGUGGGGCAUGAGGGUAGCAGAUUCCAUGUACGUUACUUGGAAUGAGAAGUUUCCGGAGAGCCUUGCCUUAGAAAGCAUGUUUGGCUGUCGUGGCUGAAAUUUAGGAAACAGUAUUUGUAGGGAGGUACAGAAGCAUUGGCUCUAAUGAACAGACUAAUUGUCUGUUGGUACACAGCCUUUCUGAAAUUUUUUCAUUCAUUUAUGGUCCUUAUUGACUAUACUGACAUGGGGCAGACAUCAGCUUAUAACUCAUCUGUCUGGUGUUACAUUGAAGAGUAAUUUCCACUACUGUCGUUUGAGUUUCUGUUCAGCUUGUAAUCCCUUUGGCUUUCGCUGUACUUCUUCACCGUGUUAAAAAGACUAGAAUUGUCAGUGUUCAGCUUCUGGAAGGCUGUGAGUUGAGUUGUACACAACAGUUUAUCCCAUCAUUUGUUGUUUUUUGUUUUUUUUUUCCCGAAAAAAAAAAAAAUUCUAAAUCUUGACAAACGGUGGACGACCAUUGGCUCCGUCUGUUGUUGGGCAGGUUAUCAAAUUAUGCACUGUUGGCAUGCUUUCAUUUAUUUCUUUUCCAUUGCAAUUGCAUAAUUUUGACCAUGUACAGUAAUUUGUAAACUUGCAUCAAGUUUAUGAAUAAAUAAUUUAAAAAAACA